AUGUAUACUGCAAGGCGCCAGGCGGAAGAGAAGUGCCGGGCCUUAGCUCCAGGUAAAGUUCCCUGGUCACCAAAAAUGCAGGGAUUCUGGGAUUGUAUGAGCCUGUGGAAGCUUCUGUUGAAAGGCAAGAAGGGUUGCCGUGUGAGUUCGCGCAAAGUUCGCCGGUUGAUGAAGAAGACAGAGUUGCCACAAGCUUGGAGGAAGUCAGAGGGUGAUCUGGAGGACUGCCUGAAGCAAGAACGCUCCUUGUACAAGCAGGCCAAACACACUUACGCAGCUCGAUGGAGGAAAGACUUUUUGACAGUCCAAACCAAGGACGCAAAGAAGCAUCAGUGGAAGUCUCGGAAGGCCCAUGAUAGAUUCUUUCGGUUACGACGAAUGAAGCAAAGAGAGGAGGCGAGACGCCGUCGUCGCGCCCGGAGCAAAGGAUCUACAGGGGGCCUUCAGGCUAUUCAAAUUGAAGAACACUUACCGGAUGGUAUUACAAGUCUCCGGACCAUCACUGACCGCCGCCUUGUAGAAGAUGGGUGCAUGCAAGAAAACGCGGCACGCUAUGAUCAAACACAAGCGCCGUAUACCACUCCACCUAUGGCCAAACCGUUAUAUAGCGAAUUUACCGGUGACAACGCUGAAAUAAAUUCUCUGGCAUUGUUAGAAGGCCGUUACACAUUACCUGAUCUGUUGGACCCAGCUACGGCUUCUUUCUUAUCUCACUGCCGGUUUCACAAAGGGCACUCUCCAGUCCACUUGCAAGUCUCCAAGGACGAUCAC